AUGGGGCAACUGGUGAGAGUUGUUGUAGGUGAAUGGCAGAGACUUGCCCAUGGGACCUGGAUGUUCGACAUGGAUCACACACAAGUGAAAUACAAUAUUGUGUUGAGAGAGAAUGAGACUUACGGCGACUUGGUGGCUAUGGUGAGGGGUAAAUACCGAGUACUCCUUUCUGAACAUGUCGCCUUGACCAAUGAUUUCCCUGAGUGGAUGAAAGUUCCUGGAGACUACACCACACCGCCUGUUGACAUACUAGAAGACAAAGAUGUGGAGCUAUUCAUGGCAGUCAGGAUGGACUACGUUAACUUGACUUUGUGUGUGGCCUAUGGAAACGUGGAAGUUGGCCACUACCACACAAUGCGGAGGGAGGAGUUCGGGCUGACGGAAGACGGGACUGAUGUUGUUCCACCAAAACCAAUACUGUGGAGAGGUUUCCGUUCGGGUGGAUAUCUGCAAGUUAGCGAGGAGAAGUUGAUGACCAUCUGCAGCAGUGAGCAGAUGGUGGAAAUCCGUAGGAACGCCGUGCGUCUGACAAGGGAAGAGAUUUUUCAGCCCCUGAUAGUGAUUGAUGAAAACUCCUCUCAGACCGAUUCAUCAGAUGAAAUGGAUAUUUUCACACCUAAUGCUGAAGGGAUGAUCCGGCUUGAGGAAAUACCUAUAGAACCGCCAAUUGGAGCGAACCUAACAUUGGCGAUUACUGCUGCUGAUGACAUUACUGGAAGACGCGUGGAAUCCUAUGGGAAAGGCAAGGGGAUAAUAACUGGUCCAGACAUUACGGGUGGUCAGCUCUUCGUGCUGCAGAUGGGUUCAGGUUCCGGUUAUGCAAACACUGAGGGGGCUGAUGUGGCACUUGAGGAGGAUGUAGCUUAUGCUGGUGAGCAAAAAGGCAAAGAGGAAAUAGACAGCAAUAAUCAGCUCUAUGUGGGGCAAGUAUUUGUCGACCAGGAUGCUUUCAAGGUUCACAUGUCGCUCCAUGCAUUGGCUAACAAGUACAGAUACUUCGUGAGGAAGUCUGGGCCCGGAAAAGUGGUUCUGAAGUGCAGUGGAGUUAACUGUCCAUGGCGUCUGUACGCAACUAAAAUCAUAGGGUGCCCGCGGUUUGAAAUCAAGACAUUGGAUAGUAACCACCGUUGCACUGUUAGCGAGCGGGGGGAGUUUAGGAGACAUGCAACCUCAUCAAUUGUUGGAGGAAUGAUGAGGAGCAAGUAUGUUGGUACCGGGAGUGGCCCAAGGCCAGGAGCGUUGAGGGAGAUGAUGAAGACGGACCACAGUAUACUGAUAUCCUACUGGACUGCUUGGAAGUCCCGGGAGAUUGCCAUAGAGAAUGGGCGUGGAAAUGUUGAGGCAGCAUAUAGUGCUUUACCUUCCUACCUCCAGCAGUUGGCCGUUGCGAUUCCUAGGACUCUGGUCGCAUUGGAGACAAGCAAGGGACCAGGCGGUGUCCAGCAUUUCAAGCACCUCUUCCUGUCAUUUGGGGCAAGCCAAAAAGGAUUUGAUUUCGUGAGAAAGGUGGUCAUCAUUGAUGGAACGCACUUGAAGGGGAAGUUUGCAGGGUGUUUGCUCACAGCAAGUGCACAAGAUGGGAACUAUCAGAUAUUUCCGAUUGCGUUUGGGAUAGUACCAAUCAUGGACAUGGUUUAUCCGAUGGCUAAGCAUUGUGCUUGCUUGCUACAUCUCCAGAGAAACGUCCAGACCAUCUUCAAGAAGAAACAUUUGAUGUACCUUCUGGGUAGAGCAGCAAGAGCUUACAAGCUGGAGGAUUUCUACUUGCACUUCAACGAGCUCAAGGUGGUUGACGGCACUUGUGCGGAUUAUCUGAUCCGGGUCGGACUUGAGCACUGGGCUAGAUCGCAUUUUGAUGGGGCAAGGUACAACAUUAUGACAAGUAACCUCGUUGAGUCCUUGAACGCAGCACUGUCUGAGGCUAGAGAAUACCCCAUUGUCCCGCUUCUGGAGUAUAUUAGAUCAAUGAUGAUGGGAUGGUUCUCUUCGAGACGUGAUGCAGUAGCAAAGAACGUGGGGGCACUAACUCCGAAAGUUACUGAUAUCGUGAUGCGCAACUUCACAGACUCCACAUGA